AAAUUUAUAGACAAUAAUUAAUUCUCUUUUGCAUCAGUAACAAACAUAAUAUCAGCGUUUAUUGAGACAAAGUGUUAAAGGGCUUAUCCUCAUCCCGCAAAGGAAUAUUAAUACGACAAAGAGGAGGAAGAUAAAUUUGGAAUUGCGUGUAAAAAUCCGUGUAAUUACUCCGACAUAGUAUUUUGUGUGUGUGUGUGGUGGGGAAAAAAUCAUUAAUUUUCUUAAAGUGCUUUUGUAAAUUGUUCCCUCCGCCAGUCAGGAAAGGCGAACAUCACAUAGAAAAGGUUGUCACGAUCAAUAUUUACAAGUUUUUCCCGUACACUCUUUUCAAUCCCGCCCAGCGAGCAAAAAAGAGCACUAAAUAAGCGACUAGAGAAGUUUUAUACCCCAAUUGUGACCCCAAAAGUCUGUGUGUGUAGCAUUAAUGACUCUGGUGGACGGGGUGAUUUUUUCGAGAGUCAAUUUCUCUAAUUAAACGAAAAAUACUCAUCCGUGUGAAUGGUGUAAAAACUGAAUUAUUUAAUCAACAUAAAAUCCAGUGCGAGAAACUUUCACAUAUUUGUGUAUAUGUAAGGCAAAGAAAGGGAGAGAAAAACGUUGAGCUGUGUUCAAUGCAAUUGUGACAUAUCAUGUCGAAAAUGUGCUUAUGAAAAUCAUCCCUGAAGGCGUCAAAGGACAGCAACAUAAACAAAUCAGGAGGCAACAAAUUUUUCCUCAAAUCCCAUUUUAUCGCAUAAAUUUAUCUAAUGAGCGGAGGUGGAAAAGUCAAGCGGAAAAUGUGAGAAACAGUGCGAGAAAAAUUUGUGUGCACAAAUUUUUUCUUCGCCAGAAGGGAGUGUAAAAAAAAUGCGGAGGCGAUAAGAGAAUUAUGAGUAACGAACUUUGAGUUGGUUUUGUAGUUAAUUGUGAGAUUUAUGAACUAAAAUAGCCACGGUGAGAUAUUUUGUCCGAGAUAGUGAAUCGGAGCGCAAGAAAAGUCCGCCAACGCUGUGUGUGUAUCCAGCAAAUGGACACAAAUCAUUAAUCAAAAUAAAUCGACCAAAGUGAUAAAAUAAAACAUCCAACUAUAUAGCCAUCAAUUGAUCAGCGGAAAAGAUGUCUCUGCACAACGAGCCGGACAACGCGACGAACUCCGGAUACGGAAGCUCAGACGAGACAGCCUCGCUGCUGGUCAUCACGACUCCGGCCACCAAGACAACGACCACAGUAACUGUGACAACGACUUCCGCCAUCAUUGCCAAAGUGGCCUCCAUCAAUGGGCCCACCACGAGCGCGGCCUCCGCCAAGCCCGUGCUCAUGCGGCAGGACCGCACGUCCACGUACCUCACCAGCCCGCAGCUGUCGCAGACGAUGGGCGGCUCCGAGGAGAGCGGCGGCAACGAGGAGGAGCACGAGAUCACGCAGAUCCGCUCCGUGCCCGACCUCGAGCUGCAGUGCAGACUCGAGGCGCCCGUCAUCUCCGUCUCCAUGACCAACGCGGCCCACGAGCACCGCGGCUCCGUCAGCGGCUACCAGCUGGCGCCGCACUCGCGUUGCCGCGCCUGCCGCACGUGCGACCGGCGCGCCUCCACCACAGCCCCGGUGUCCUCCCUGCACUUGGCCCGAUCAGCGUCGAAGGAGAGCGUUCGCAGUGUUCUCCACGGGACACAUCUGGCGCCAGCAGGCAUGAGCGUCGGCGGUGGGAGUCCUGGCUACAUCCACCAGCACUCGGCGUCCGUGCCGCCGGUCUUCAUCACGACGUCGCCCAACUCCGGCUCGCGCAUCAUUCGCCAGAGCUCGCAGCCAGAGGCCAGCACCGCGGCGGUGGUGUGCUGCGGCGGGCACACGUGCGUGCAUCCGCACUCGGUGCCCACGUCCUCGCUACGCCAGCUGCGCGAGCCCGCGGCAGAGGGCAUUGCAGGUAUUGCCGCCGACUCGCUGCGAAUCAACGGCGCCAUGCGGCCAUUCAAACAGGGUGUUCUGCUGUGUCCGCAAACACUGUCGCAAAGCAGACGAACGCGUCUCCGACGCGCCUUCACCGAGGCCACCAGCGAUACCAUGCAAUAUGUUAGAACGCUCCGAAAACCUGUGUCCACGUUGUCGAUUCCAGGCUCCAUGAAGACACCGUGUGCCGGAAAUCGGGAAACCGUAACGGCUGCAUGCAACGAAGAGGCCGGCAUCGCACUCGUAGGAGUUCAUUCCGAAUAUCCCAGGUACAUGGAGGAGCGAGGCCUAGGUGGCGGCAUAAUUAAAGGGUCUAGCGUGACUUCUGGUACGGGAACACAAAAGCACAAACCAAAUGUUGGAUAUCGUUUGGGACGUCGGAAAGCGCUCUUCGAGAAGAGGAAGAGAAUCAGUGACUACGCUCUGGUGAUGGGCAUGUUUGGCAUUAUCGUGAUGGUGAUCGAAAAUGAAUUGAGUAGUGCUGGCAUAUACACAAAAGCGACAUUUUACUCAACAGCAUUAAAAACAUUAAUAUCCGUAUCGACUGUGAUCCUUCUUGGUCUUAUCGUAGCCUAUCAUGCUUUGGAAGUUCAGUUAUUUAUGAUUGAUAAUUGUGCGGACGACUGGCGAAUAGCGAUGACCUGGCAACGCAUGAGUCAAAUAGCAUUAGAGUUAUGUAUUUGUGCCGUGCAUCCCAUUCCUGGCCAAUACUAUUUCCUGUGGACAACCAAGCUAGCCAAUAAGAACAAGGCAAUUGGCACAGAACUGGUGCCAUAUGAUGUAGCACUAUCAUUGCCAAUGUUCCUCCGUUUGUACCUGAUAUGUCGUGUUAUGCUGUUACAUUCAAAACUAUUUACGGACGCUUCAUCGCGUAGCAUAGGAGCAUUGAAUCGAAUUAAUUUUAAUACAAGGUUCGUUUUAAAAACUUUAAUGACAAUAUGUCCCGGAACCGUUCUACUUGUAUUUAUGGUUUCACUAUGGAUAAUAGCGUCGUGGACAUUGCGACAGUGUGAGAGAUUUCACGAUCCGGACAAUUUUGCAAAUUUGCUGAAUAGUAUGUGGUUGAUUGCGAUAACGUUCUUAAGUGUUGGAUUUGGUGAUAUUGUGCCUAAUACGUACUGUGGGCGAGGCAUUGCCGUCAGUACAGGAAUCAUGGGUGCCGGUUGUACAGCUCUUCUAGUUGCAGUUGUUUCCAGAAAGUUGGAAUUAACUAGAGCUGAAAAGCAUGUACACAAUUUUAUGAUGGAUACUCAACUCACGAAGAGGCUGAAAAACGCUGCAGCGAAUGUUCUUCGUGAGACAUGGCUAAUUUACAAACACACAAGACUGGUUAAACGGGUAAAUCCUGGCCGAGUUAGAACACACCAACGGAAGUUUCUACUCGCUAUUUAUGCACUGCGAAAAGUAAAAAUGGACCAACGAAAAUUAAUGGACAACGCCAACACAAUUACAGAUAUGGCAAAGACACAAAACACAGUGUACGAAAUUGUUUCGGACAUGUCAUCACGCCAAGACGCCGUGGAGGAGAGACUGUCAAGCCUUGAAGAUAAAUUGCAGAAUCUGCAGGAGCAAAUUGAGGCGCUGCCAGAACUCCUGACGCGGUGCUUGAGCCAACAUCAGGAGAGGGUGGAUCAGAGGAGGAACUUCCUCCAUCCGGAUGCUGCAGCCACGGCGUCUUCGUCCAAUUUGCCAACACCAGGACCACCUCUAGGAUCACCGUUUCCACACUCGAGAAGCGUUCCGGCAGCCGCCACGACGCCCGCAUAUCCGUGGCCGGCCAGCCCCAUUCUGCCGCCCAUCUCCAGCCGGACGCCACACCUGGUGCCGGAGACUCUCGUGCCCACGUCGAACGGCCAGGACGCCACGAGCUACCAUCCCGCGCGCGGCAGCAGCUGAAUGGAAGCCCGGUCGUCCUCAGACGCCUCCGACUCUUCUGGCCGUGACGCCGCCGCCGCCGCCGCCACCAAGUUCACGAAGCGUCGCGAGCGCGCGGCACGCUCAAGUGUGCACCUCGAGAGCCUCGAGAGGAGUCCCGAAGACAGUCUAGGUAAAUAAGAUUUCACUGUAUAAAAACCUCCUGCCUCGAAAAUUGUUAACCAUCUCUAGAGAGAAAGAAGAGAAGUGUAUUUAGUGCAUUGUACCAUUUGAAGCGUAGACGACACACAUUUCUAUAUAUUGUAUUGACGAGGAGAAGCGAGUAGCACUGCCCAGAAGCUGGGCAGAGAUUGCAUUGAAAUCGAGAAGCUUUCCUUUAGGCCAGCUCAGUAGAGACUUUGACAUCUUCUCUGUGUGCAUCUCUCAAGGCGGUGUUCAAAUCCAAAUGUUUUCUUAGGACAAAGAAGCAUCUCAAACAUCCUGCAGAAUGCUGGAUAAAACGAAUAGGUUUCAAAUCUGGACCACUAUUCAUCACGCGCUAAUCAUUUAAUGCUGCUGUAUUGAUUCUGUCAAAUCCCUGCUUUCCAUCCAAUCAGGUAGUUAUAUUUAGUUUUUCAAUUUGCAUUUAUAAUUCACACUGGACUUAAUUCAAUUAAAGUUACACUUUAAUGAAAUUUAAUGGGUGUUUUGGUUCGUGCCACGUAAAGAGCGUGGCAAUGGAAAUUAUGAUGCCCAUAUUUAAUUAAUAAACUGCUAUGUGAAUGUACUGAAUUGUGUGCACAAAAGCGCAGGUGAAAACCGCAAUUCAGUACAUAAAUUGGGCCAUUCUUUCCGCACAUUCACAUGCAUUUGAACACCCCUUGGCCAGUGUUCGUCAGUCAGCAUUGUGUCCACUUGAGUGUGGCAUGAUUUUGCAAUUAAUCCUCUAAAAGGGUCAUUUUGGGAGAUGGAACAGCACAGCAAUGUCACUUUAAUUACCGCAUGACUUUCCAUUGAAUGCUUACACUUAAGACAAGCUCAAUAGUCCAAAUGGCAGAUGGCACAGGAAGAUGUUUCUCAAGUAGGGCAGAUUUUACUAGGAAGAAGAAAAAAAGACAAGCGUUUCAUACAUGUUUUUUAACAAUAUACAAAAACAAUGCAAACAUCGCAAGACGGAGUGCAAGAGUGAAAGUAGUGAAGCAACCGGCCAGGAUAAUUACCAGAGACAAACCUUAACAUUUAGGCAUUUUUGUAUACAUUUGGUUCUCUUAGUGCAAAAGCAAAAA